AUGGAAAACAAUACUUUUCCCCAGUAUUUUAACCUUACCAUGUUUGUGAACAUAGGGAACUAUCGCUACCUAGCAUUUGUCCUGUGUAUACUGUUGUAUGCUUUUAUUACCUUUUCUAAUCUUGUCAUAAUAGGGUUGAUAUCACGAGAGAUAACUUUACAUGAGCCCAUGUAUAUUUUUAUCAUGUGUCUUUCUAUCAACUCUCUGUACGGCUCUGCUGGAUUUUUCUUCAGAUUUCUGAGAGACCUACUGUCCGAUACUCAUUUAAUUCCACGCGCAGCUUGUUUUGCUCAGAUCUAUGUCAUUUACACCUACGCAUCCUACGAGCUCACCCUGUUAGGCAUAAUGGCUUAUGAUCGUUACGUUGCUAUAUGUCAACCUUUAAAUUACCACAACAAAAUAACAUCAAAGGCAGUCUCAAAGUUGGUUGCCUUUGCAUGGAUUUAUCCAAGCUUUUCUGUUGCAGCCUGUGUGUAUCUUUCCUCCAGACUUCCAUUGUGUGGCAAUAAGAUACCAAAGGUAUUCUGUGCCAACUGGCCUGUUGUAAAAUUGUCAUGUGUCAGUACUGUGAUGAAUAACCUUGUCGGCAUGUUUGUUUCCAUAAGCACCGUCUUCCUGCCCCUGGCCUUUGUCAUGUUUACAUAUAUACGAAUAAUACUCAUUUGUAGGAAACGCUCAUCAGCGUUUAAGAGCAAAGUCGUACAAAACUGUCUGCCACACAUUGUUACAUUCGUCAAUUACUCCAUUACUGUAUUUUGUGACGUUGUUCUUAGCAGAAUUGACCUUGAAGCGCUGAAUCCAUUUUUAGCUAUAAUUAUAUCACUUGAGUUUGUUGUGAUUCCUCCAAUGGUGAAUCCUCUUGUUUAUGGCCUGAAGAUGGCAGAAAUAAGAAAAUGUGUUCUAAAUCUGUUUUCACGUUCAGAACCUGUGAGAACAAACCACAGAAAAUGA